AUGGCGACACUUCACCUGGGCUCUGUUUCCUCUCUGCAGGAGAACGACAUCUUCAAGGGGCUGCUGGUCUGCAAGCAUCCAGAUGCCAUUGAGAAGGGCAAGGAGUUCAAUGCAAUUGAUCUGCCUGCUGACCUUGAGGCCCAGUUCCAGAGAAAGUACCCAGCCCCCGUCGUUGACAGGUCUUACUACUGUGACUGGAGCGUGGUUCUUCAUUUGCCAGCAUUCGUGUCAGCACUGCUGGACUACCCAGCCUCUGUUGUAGAUCCGGUGUCCCAUGACAGCAUGGUGUUCCUCCUCGUCGGUACUAUAAGAUCGGUGUGGUGUUCACAUACUUCCUGUUCUCCUGGAACACUGGUGCCCUGGUACCUCUGGGGACAGAGUCUGUGGAAUUCCUACUUCUUAGUUUCCAUCCUCCCAUACACCACCAUUGCCCUCAGUGGCACCUGACUGGUCAACAGCGCUGCCCACACGUACAGAAAAAGGCCCCAUGACAAGUGUGUCAGCUCUCAGCACAACCCUCUGGUUGCUCUGGGGGCCACUGAUGAAGGUUUUGCCUUGCAAAAUUACCGCCACUCGUUUCCCUUGGACUACUCUGCGAGUGACGUUGGCUUAAAUCUCAACCCAACCUGGUUCAUUGACUUCAUGUGCCUCCUAGGACUGACCACUGACCGACCACGGGGGACAGAGCAGAUGAUCGAGGCCCGCAAAGUCAACCCUGGUGAUGGCUGA